AUGGAUAAGGAGAGUCUGCCUCCGGCCAAGAGGGAGCUGCUGAGACAGAUGUCGUCCGCCAACCGACCCAAAGACGGAGACAAGAUCGCAGAGAACAACAGAAAGAUGAGCGUGCAGGAGUACGAGAUGCUGAAGGAGGAAGACGCCGGUUGCCUGAAGAAGUACCGGCGCCGCUGCAUGCAGGAGAUGCACGAGAAGCUGAGCAUCGGGCCCCGCUUCGUGGGCGUGCACGAGCUGGACAGCGGCGACGCCUUCCUGGAGGUCAUUGAGAAGGAGCACCACAGCACCACCGUGGUCGUGCACAUCUACAAGCUGGGCAUCAAGAGCUGCGAGGACCUCAACCAGUGCCUGGACUGCCUGGCCUCCGAGUACCCCACCGUCAAGUUCUGCCGGAUCAACGCCGAGUCGUCCGGAGCCUCUGAGCGUUUCUCCGACGAGGUCCUGCCCACGCUGCUGGUCUACAAAGCCGGGGAACUCGUGGGGAACUUCCUGGCCUGCAUGCAGCACCUCAACCAGGAGUUCUUUGCGACGGACGUGGAGGCCUUUCUCAACAGCUACGGCCUGCUGCCCGAGAAGGAGCUGCCGUCGCUGGAGGACGAGGAGAACGACGUGGAGUGA